AUACGCUUUUUUAAAAUCUAUGAAAGCUGUGAAUGUUGAUAACUUUUUCAGUUUUCUAGUUUCAAUAAUUGAAGUUAAUGUACUUAGAUGGUCAAUUGUACUUCUACCUUUACGGAAGCCAUUUUGCUCAUCAUGAAUAAUAUCUCUUUGUUCUAACCAAUACACUAAUCUAUCAUUUAGUACACUGCAAUAUAAUUUAUAUGCACAGGGAGCUAAAGUUAUGCCCCUGUAUGAUAAAGGAUCUCGUGGAUCUGAAGUUGAAGACUUAGGAAUUGGGGUUAUAAUACUUUUACCCCAUACAGAAGGAAUUUUUCCAUACUUGAAACAUAUAUUAAAUAACUUAUGCAAAACAAAGAAAUUCUCCACAACACCUGUCAGCCAUGUUAAAGACCAUUCCAAAAUGUUCCCUGCCCAGAUGGGAAAGAUGUUACCAGAUGGAACAUUUGAUGGAAAGAUAGCUUUUAUAACUGGUGGAGGAACUGGACUGGGGAAAGGCAUGGCUACCAUGUUGUCUAGACUAGGUGCUCAAGUGGUUAUAUCAAGCAGAAAAAUGGAUGUAUUAGAGAAAGCUGCAUCUGAAAUUACCUCUGAAACAGGAAACAAGGUUUUACCUAUAGCUGCUGAUGUACGAGAUCCUUUAUCUAUUAAAUCUGCUGUAGAUGAAUGUGUAUCAGAGUUAGGAUUACCACACGUCAUUAUCAACAAUGCAGCAGGAAACUUUAUCUCACCAUCAGAGAAGUUAUCUGCCAAUGCCUGGAAAACAGUCGUUGAUAUAGUCCUGAACGGAUCAGCUUUGGUUUCAUUAGAGAUUGGUAAAAGACUAAUAGAGGCUGGUCAAGGUGCAGCAUUCCUUGCUAUAACAACAAUAUAUGCCACCAGUGGCUCUGGUUUUGUUACACCAAGUGCUGCUGCAAAGGCUGGAGUAGAAUGCUUGACAAAGUCCCUAGCUGCAGAAUGGGGAAGAUAUGGGAUAAGAUUUAACUGUAUAGCACCAGGACCAAUAGAAACAAAGGGAGCAUUUGGAAGGUUAGAUCCUACAGGAGAAUGGAAGGAUAAGUUAUAUGAUGUUUUACCUGUUGGCAGAUUAGGAGAGGUCCCUGAAAUAGCCAAUUUAGCAACAUAUAUGGUUAGUGACUAUGCUAGCUGGAUGACAGGAGAGGUUGUUAAGUUUGAUGGUGGAGAAUACGUAAGUAGAGCUGGUGAGUUCAACGACUUAAAGGUUGUCACUAAAGAACAAUGGGACAUGUUGGAAGCCAUGAUCAGAAAGGCAAAGUCAGAAUAAUUAUUGAAAUACAAAUAUGACACUCGAUACUACUGAUUCUGUUAAUGCAAAACAGUUGCAAUAGAAAACCAUGCAUGAAAUAUUUCAAUUAUAAAAUUAGUGAAGCAUAAUGAUACAGUGAAUAUGUGUAGUACAGAUCUUGAUAAUGAAUUACAAAACUUUUUGUAUUGAUUUCGAAGCUCCUGUUUUAAAAACCAAGAAUAUAUCCCAUUACAAAUAAUCUUUCAUGUAUGUCAUAUUCACCAAAGUGAAACAAAGACCUAGCUUGGAGAGAGGCCUGUGAUAUUUAUGUAUGUAGUUUUGUAUGUUUAAAUUGAUGGUUUAUAUUGAAAAUAUUACAAUGUU